AAAGUGUAAAACUCUUGUACCUUUUAUGGGAAAAACAGAAUUAAUGUGAUUUCCAAGGAAAGUAUUUGACUCUUUAUUCACACAAUUGUUAUAGCAGGAUCAUGUCCUUUGCCUAUGGAGUGCUAGUUUAGUGUUUUAUGCUUGGUCAGAACUUUACCAUUUGUUUUUUAUUCCUUUCACAGAUAUAAGGUGAAAAGAUAAGAAAUAUAGGAAACAAAUGAGGGAAUUAUAAAACAGAGAAAUAAAAUUUCUAAUUGUUUGAAUUGGAGAGAAUUAAAAUUAUGAGGAAUCUCCUCAGCGAGUUUUGGUCAUCUCUAAAUCUCUCUACUUUUAAAGAGAUGCAAACGUGUGAGAGGAAUUGUAAGUAACAGUGAUUUAGAAGGGGAAAUAUGGAGAGACUAGAGAUCAGUGGAAAAUUUAGAGGGUAAAAAGGAAAGAAACGUAGGGAAUUGGAGAGAAAUUGUAGAAUUAGGGAGAGAGAACCACAGAGAAUCCAUAAGUGGUAAUCUCAAACGCUAUUCCAGAAUCUCAAUAAUUCUUAAUCCAAAACCUUCUAAAAGAAAUAACCCUUAAACAUAUUUAUAGGCAUAAGCCAUAAAACUGUAAAUAUAACAAAUUACAUCCCUAAUUAAGAAAAACAAAACCCUAAGGUGAUUCUCCAUCAAAUGGUUUCUGUUCCUUUCUUUUCAGUUCUCUCCUAAUUUUUCUAUCCUAAGAAGAAAUUUAACAGUUUCUAUCCACUUCACUUCUUUCCAUUUCUUUCAUCCAAACAUGAUAUUAGUUUCAUUGAAGUAGUCAGUUCUUCACAUUCAGCUGCAGUCUGCCAAAAUCUCUGGUAACUAUGAAAUCUCAUAUAAGGUUUUUUAAUCCUAUAUUAUGCAUUCUUAGGGAAGUUUGAUUUCUAAAAUUUUCAUGAUACUAAUUUGUGCACUUCACUGGUUGUUAGUUUGCUACUUUUGUGCUACUUAAAAUUUUACUUACUGUAUUGCUAUAUUUAGAUCUUUAUACUAAUGCACAAUUCUAUGCCUGUUUUUUGAAGUACGCAUCUGUGAUUCUUGGAGCAUUGCUUCUUCCAUUUUUUGUGAAACUUCUGUAUUUCUAGGGAAACAGUAUCCUGGCAGAUUCUGGAACAGAGCAGCUAGAGUUUAUUGCUUUAUCUCAACGAAUAAAAGAUCCCAAAUACCAGCAGAAGGUGGAGAAUGUCAUCAAAGCAGUCCAUAAAAUCUUCCCUUCUGAUGGUUUGCUCCCUAUCUACAUCAAUCCUCAUAGUGGAACAACAGCAUACUCAACUAUUACAUUUGGUGCUAUGGGUGAUAGUUUUUAUGAAUACCUACUGAAAGCUUGGAUACAGGGAAACAAAACAGAAGCUGUAAAGCAUUACAGGGAUAUGUGGGAGACAUCAAUGAAAGGUCUGCAAAGCUUGAUUCGAAGAUCAACACCAUCCUCAUUCACUUACAUAUGUGAGAAGACUGGAAAUUCACUGUCUGACAAGAUGGAUGAAUUAGCAUGCUUUGCCCCUGGAAUGUUGGCUUUAGGAUCUUUUGGUUAUGGUCCAGGCGAAGCUGAAAAAUUCUUAGCACUUGCAGAAGAGCUUGCCUGGACUUGCUAUAAUUUCUAUCAGUCAACACCCACAAAAUUGGCUGGGGAGAACUAUUUCUUUCGCACUGGACAGGACAUGACUGUUGGUACAUCAUGGAAUAUUUUGAGGCCUGAGACCAUUGAGUCGCUCUUCUACCUCUGGCGUCUUACUGGAAAUAAAACAUACCAAGAAUGGGGUUGGAAUAUCUUCCAAGCAUUUGAAAGAAACUCCCGUAUAGAGACUGGGUAUGUCGGGCUUAAAGAUGUGAAUACAGGUGUCAAGGACAAUAUGAUGCAAAGUUUUUUCCUUGCGGAGACGCUCAAGUAUCUGUAUCUCCUGUUCUCACCUCCAUCUGUCAUCCCCCUUGAUGAAUGGGUUUUUAAUACAGAAUCUCAUCCUCUGAAAAUUGUGGCACGAAGUUCUGAUGAAAAGAAGUAGCUGUUUAAGUCAAUGCUGAAAAGAGGGUUCACGGGGUCUGAUUAGCCCCUUGGCAAAUACUUAAGAGUUCAGUUAUUCCCCCCAUCUGCCCCGCUUUAAGCUUGAACCACCUCAACUAAUUGUAGGAGUAGCGACCAAAGGUGUGCUCCAUCUGCAAAUUGAUGUUAUGUCUGUCUAUCAGUUUUGAUGGGGCCAGUAUUUGACAUAGAAUUGUAGUAGAUUAGUGCAUGUGCUGAUUAGUAUUUCCUGCAUAAUAGAUUUGAGAAAUGUGCAGGAACAUAUCAAGAUGAGAAUUGAUAUGACUCAAGUAAAAAAGAAACAAUGUAUUGUAGUGUAGUCGGAAGUCAAAAUACUUGGGGGUUUAGGUAAUCACAUAUAUCCCAUUGAGAUAGGAGUGCAAUUAUAUGAUUGGUAUUCAGUAUUGGAGAAUGUAGGUUAGGUAGAUAAGGCUUCAUAUUCUGGCUUUGCAGAAAUGGGAACUAUUGAGAUCAAAAGAUGAUAUUAUACUGUAUAUUCUACAUGACUUGUUGUAAGGAGGAUGAUUUAUUUGUUGGCAGCUGCCACGUAUCUUUAUCUGGCAUUAGAAGCUGAAAAGGAUCUUAGAGAAUAAAUUUCAGCAACAACUGUUACAUUGGGCUUGGAUUUAAGAUUGGGAUAGGUGUUUUUGAAUGAUAUGGUGUUGUAUUCUAGUAACAUGGAAAAAAAAGGCCUAUUCUCAUAUGUCCAUCAGUUGUUGACAAAAUUCUCCUAAUAAAAGCAUAAAAUCAUGUCUCCUUUAAA